UGACCGAGGUGACCGGUGAAGGUGUCAAGUUAUUUCCAUUCGAAACCGAUUACUUGUGAGACUUUUGUGAAGGGUCUUAAUUUUCCAUCGUUGGACACGAUGUAAAAGAGGUCAAAAGAGGAGGUUAGCCAGUUAAAUGAGCAUCAUCGAUGAAGAUAAUGGCUUCGAGGGCAAUGACAAAAAGGGUGAAUCCGAACCAAACCUUCAGUGGUCUCCAUUCAAGCAAUAUGAUCAGCUUAACAGAAAACCUACAAGAAUUGAUAUCAACCUAGUUAAAUCUGUGAUUGAUAAUACUUUCCCCGAUAAAGAACUUAAAGAUGAAAGAGAGUGCAAGGACCCUGAAGAACUUGUUAAUGUCCCUUGCUUGGCAAAACUUGUUUGUAAUGAUAAACCUCUUUCUUUGGGAAACAAUCCUACUAUAUCUGAAUGUGCUUGUGGAAGUCUAGCAAAGAGGGAAUGUGUUUAUUUAUGGGAAAGCUUGCAAAACAGCUUCUUUCGAAAGACAACUAUUCAAGCUACUGAGGUGACUUGGCGAAGGAACUUUUUACAUCUAUUUAGCCUGGGAACAGAGAUAGAAUCAAGGUUUGGGAAAGGUUCUGCAUUGGAUGCCUCAGAAGAUCUGAAUGAUAAGCAUCCUAUUUAUAGUGGUUCAGGAAAGCUCCGAAAUGGAUUUUAUGUUUCUUCAAAUGGACUUGUGUUCUCAAGUGAGAUUAAGACAAAAGCAGAAGAAAGGAAGCUUCUUUCUCAUAGGAUGGAAAGUGUCGAGUCUGAUCAGGAUGAAACACCUAACGAAAAUCAACUACUAAACAAAGAAAACAAAGCUAAGGAUAAAACAGAACGAAAAUCAGGAUUGUUUGCAUCAUUGAGUGCCUCCUUGUGUGCAGCAAGGUCUGGGAUUCAAGGACUUUUGGAAAGAUCCUCACCAAAGGAGCAAAGGCGCUCAACCAGUGUUGUACCCACAGGAGACAGUGAAGGUGAAGAUGAUACAGAAAAGUUGACACAGAAACCAAAUUUGCCAAAUCCUGAUGUAGAUGGCUUUGAUAAUCAUGACGAAUUUACAAGACAAAUGGAAGCAAAGGGAGGUUUAACUUACCAGAGUGCUGACAGAACAGUUCACCAAUUGUCCCAUGAUUCUUUGCCUCCUCCACUCUCUCUUCAGUCAUUUCAAGCUGAAAAUCAAGCUGGCAAAUAGAAUUUACAAUAUAUGUUUAUUGAUUAAAAUAAUUACUUUGUUACUGGCCCAAGUUAUUCAACCAGUACAAUACCUUUUUGUCUCAUCUUGCUUAUGAUAUCAUGCUCAAGGGUGCAACAUCUACGGUGAAACUCAGAAAAACCUUGAGGGCUGGCAAUACAGAUUAAUUAUCAGGCAUGAUAU